GGUUGCCAUAUUCGCAUAUCCGGAUGUUUACAUCUCGGACGUCGCAUUUGAAGACAUAUGAAGUAACUCUAAUAACAAAUUAGAAUAGUACUUUGGAAUAUGUCUGCUCUUUUUGCAUGCUCAAGGUGCUUUUCAAGACACCCUUUUGAGGAGUUAUCAGCAGGGCAACAGUUAUGUAAGGAAUGCCGCGGAGCUUUUCCUGUAGUCAAGUGUACUUACUGCCGAUCGGAAUUCCAGCAAACUAAUAAAGGCAGCCCAAGUGCAAUCUGCAAAAAAUGUGAAGCUAAUGUAAAACAAUUCGGGAAGCCCACAGCUUGUGAGUAUUGUAACAUUAUUGCGGCUUUUAUUGGCAACAAAUGCCAGCGUUGUACUAAUUCAGAAAAAAAAUAUGGCCCACCUGUUACUUGUGAGCAGUGCAAGCAGAAAUGCGCUUUUGAUAGGAAAGAUGAAGAUAAAAAGGUUGAUGGCAAAUUACUUUGUUGGCUAUGUACCUUGUCUUACAAAAGGGCUCUGGCAAAAACAAAACAAACAGAUGCAGAAAGACGUGCACAUCUUAAACUUAUGGCUCAGAGGUCUUCAAAAGGCAAAGAUGUAUCAAAGCACAAAAGCCACAGCAAACGCCCCCAUCGAGUUGAUGUUACUAAACUCAGCCAAACUGCAACUGCACAGGAUGGAACUGACGGUACCCCUCCUCCUAAAGUGGCUCGUGCUGCUGGCAAUAACAGAGGGGAUCCUCCAGACCCAAAUUCUUCUGAUCACGUUGUUGCCAUGACGCAACUGAAAGAGCAGAUAGCUUCCCUUCAAAAACUUCUUAACCAGAAAGAUGCCCAAUUAUUGUCAAAGGACAAAAUGAUAACUGAGCUGAAAGCCAAGCACUUCACUGUUGAGCAAGAAUUACGUGGGAAAAUGAAGAAUUUGCAAAAGGAUUAUGACAAGAAGUGUGAAGAAUUGUUAUUGAAAGUGAAAACGUUGCAGAAAGAAGUUGCUACUCUAUCUAAAUCUGGCAAGAAACAACAUCUUGUUGCCCGUGAUUUAGCGAGUGGAACUGGUAGUGGUAGUGGCACUGAUAGCCCUUCUUUGGCGUAGUAAUACUUGUAUUCUAAGUGGCAUUUUGUCUUGAAUUAGCCUGCCAUUUCUAAUUUUAGAAAACCAUUGCCUUUGUUGGAUGUCCAUUUUCCUUAUGAUUUAAAGUUGACAGCUUUAGUUCAUAUAUCCAAUUUGGGCUUUCAUGGGAUAAAAAAUAUGAUAUGUUAAUGUGGAUAGGUAAUCUUUUUCAUUGUUGCAAGACCAGGUUCUUAAACUUCUAAUUUAUGAUCUGUUGUAGGUAGAAAAUAAGGUAUAUCUUUCUGGAUGAAAACUUUCUGUACCUUAUUUCAGCUCUAAAACAAAACUUGUUCGUUAAGAGGAAGUUUGUGAAUGAGUUCGUUUCAAAAUUGGGUGAAUAUUUCUUGUUGCUUGCCAGAAUGUUUUUCCAGAAGAAUACAAGACUUGCUGCAAAAUUAAUUUUUUUAACUUUUAAGACAGUAUAGUUGCAGAUUUUGUGAAAAUAUGAUUUAUCUUGGAGUGACUGAAAUUAUUCACUUGUCAAAAUAAUCAGAUAUUUUUCAAAAUUUUAAAUUAUAAGUUCAUAAUGUAUUCUUGGUAUUUGUUGGUAAAAGACCAAGUGUUGCUAUUUAUUCCCAGAAGUGUGGAAAUGUUAGUUAUUUUACUUCUCAUAAAAUAAUUUCAGUUACUGGGGAACGGUCACUAUUUUGUGAAUUGGGUUUUAUAUUCUUUCAAAGACAAUGGAUUUCUCGAACCUAUAUUCUACAUGGUGAAUUUGUAAAAAUAAUUCCUGAAAUCAGGUCUUUUCAAUUUACAAUGAAAGAUCUUCGGUUCAUGGAAAGAUUCCACAUUCUCCCAUAAACCCUAAUAGACACUUGAACAGGAAAAUUGGGCAAAAUAUUUUUAUAACAUGACUAGUGGUGUAACAAAAUGUCUUUGACUACCAAAAUAGUGUUUCAAUUUAUACAAAACAAAAUCGAACCCACCAGCUUCAAAAUAAUUUUUGUGAGGAUUUUUUUUUUAAGAAGAUUCCUACUGUAAGUUGGACUAUGGUCAAUUCAAAUUAUUUUUGAUUUGAUAUGGUUUUAUGUUUACGUGUAAUAGAAGGAGAAUAUUUGAAUCGUUCACUACUGUUAUACAGUUUUGAUUCAAACUUGACUUGAUUUUUAAAAACUCAAACUUUUACUCAUGCUGAUGUAACACUCCAGAACUGUGCUAAUCCAACUAUUUUAUCUUUGUAUUCUUUUUUAGUUGGUGCUUUUCUUUCUAGAAUUCCUUACUGCCUUUGAAAUAAUUAUGUACUAUCUGCCCUUUAAUUUCCUGGAAAAGCUGCUGUCGUAGGAAAAUAUUCUUCCAAGCAGUAUUAUUCUGUGAAUACCCCUACAAAUUAUUUUGCACAUAUAUUGAAGUAGCUCUAAUUUUUCUGUUGUAUUAAGGGACUUUUUGUCUCCAAUCAUAUGUCAAUGUCAUAACUGUUAUACUCUUUCUAGUUUCCAUUACACAAUUUUAAUUCACUAGAUGUAAACCAUAUUAUUUAUUAGAUGGAGACUUGUUUAUUUCGUGUGUAUGUGUGAAUGAUAGUUAAGUUUGGAAAAAUUCUGUAUAUUAACAGUUUCAUAUUAUAUUCAACAUAGACUGAAUAGAUUGUCCCAUGAAUAAGAAAGACAAAGAUGUUGUAACAUUAAUUGUGGAUCCUUGGCGACACGGAGAAGUUCUUGUCUUUUAUGAAUGUACACUUGUUUUAAUCAUAGUUUGGAAUUUAGGAUCAACUUAAACUGCAAUGAACUAAAUUAUUACAGUUGUGUAAGUAAUCCUUCCUUAUAUACUUGUCAUUCCUGUGCCAGCUAAUGGGCUUUUAGUGCAGUAAUGCAACUGUGUGAAAAUAUUGAGGACGUAAAGGCUCUCAUUUUUUCAUAAUUUUCUGUGGAAAUUUGGUAGGUUUUGAAUAUGUUUGCCAGUUGCCCUUUUGGCUUUUCAAAAAAAAAAUUAUUCACACAGACUUGUUAUCUCUUUUACAUAAAAUGUGUACAUAGGAUAUCCUGGGGGAGGUAUUUCCUUUAAUAAUGAAUGAUGUGGUGUGUAUGGGAGUAAAAAACUUGGUACAGAUUCAGACAUUUUAUGUGUGAGCAGUGUUCAUUACAAGGAUGAUGCAUGCAAGUGUAUAGAUUUUGUAAACUGAGAAAUAUUUAAUAAAUACUAGUUCAAUUUUAAUCCACUUCAUAUUAGCAAAUGUUAUAUAAAAUAAACAAAUGGUAUUUAAGAAUUAAUUUUGCAUUUCUGUUUGGAAGAUAAGGUCAUGAUCGAUUUUGGGAGAGGCUAUUUUUACUUAAUGUACAAGUAGAUUUUAUUGAUUUUUUAAUUGGUAGUGCAGUCUAAUACGAUAGAAGUAUUUGCUGUGCUGUAUUUCACAUCAGUUGCAAAUCUGAACAUUAAUUGCAAUGCCUUGCGAAUGAUAAUACUGCCUAUUUUUUUAUUUUAAAAAUUUGUGUGUGAUUUAUACGAUUAAAAAGAACAAAUUCUGUACAUAUUGUAGAAUAUGUUCAUUAUUGUCAUAGUGUGUACCAUCAUCUCACAUCUUUGUACACAUGUUAUACAGAUAUGGUAUUGUCGUUGUUAUUCUUAUUUAUUUUGGAUUCUGUGUAAUAAUUUACAUCAUGUAAUUUGUAAGUUGAAUGAUAUCAAAGAGAACAAUAAAUUAAUGAAAAUAAGAAAAAUAAAGGUUAACAUUCCAUAAAAUCUAAUGUGCAGUGAAUUGGCAUUUCUACUAACCACUCACUUAUUUUCUAGUUACUGCCCUAGUAGUUGAAACAAAUGAUUUCUUAAAGUGAUAUAUUUUCAGUUAGCUUGGUAAUCUUAUUUUUUUAUUACAAAAUUGGUAAUUUUAACUGUAAACCAUAAAGGUGUGGUUUAGCUCUAGAAAAUUCUUUGUAAUAGUUAUUUAUGAAAAAAGUAUGGUUUCUCAAGGGAUGGGAGGAAAGUUGCCCUCCACAUGUUUUCUUCUGAAUGUAGUUACUAAAUAAAUUAUUUGCGUUGAUUUUUCAAGAAAAAAGGAAAUUUACAUUGAUCGAGGUUUAAUCAACAUAUGCUUUUAAGGGACAUAAGAUCAAUUCCAAAUCACUCUGUGAAGCUCGGAUGCAACUCUUGCAGGGAAUGCCUAAUAGGCUGCAUGGAGAGAUGCGUUGCCAGAAAUGUGGAAAGAGCCUGAUGGAUUUUGUGGCAACACAAUAAACAGGUCAUUCACUGCCUUGAAAUAUAUUUGUGCCUCAAGCUGAAGAUCGACAGCAGAUUGCUACGAAGUCAGCUGCGAGCCCUAUAUGUAGUGUUAUUGAAUACUCUUUGUGUAAUUUUAAUCCAUAAAAUCCUUGUUUUGUCACAGUGAUAAUUUCUCUCUAUUCUGAGUUUGGUUUGCCUAAAGAGAAAUACAUUAUUGCUUUGUCAUUAUUUAUGUAAUGUGAAAAAUUUCUUGGAAAAUGUAUGUGACAUAUGGGGGAGAAAUACAAUCUGUG